GCUGAAAAUGGAAACAAGUUUCGACCUAGCUACCAGAAUUUUACCCUAGGAUUAACACCCCUCAUCGAGGCCACAAUCAUGAAUCGUCCUGAUUUAAUUCUACAACAUGUCACUAAUCUGGAACUAUUAGAUAAGGCAGAUGAGCUUGGCAAUACACCUCUGCAUUAUGCGGUGGACACGGGAUUUACACAUGGAGUGGACUUACUCACAAAUCAUGGGUGUCAAAUGGAACUGUUCAAUAUAGAUCAUCUCUCACCUCUUAUGUUGGCCCUGAAAAAGCAUCAUAUCGGAAUUGCCGAAAUGUUAAUUGACAGAGGUGCCUCACCUUAUUCCCUUAACUUGAAAGUGGAAAGCGCCCUUAAUAUGGCUAUCGAAAUGCUCCAAAUUAAUCUGAUUGACAUUAUGCUGGAACAAGACGCUGUUCCUCACAUGAAAAUGCCAGCACUUUAUUCUGCUUGUUCAAAGGUUGCUCAAUGGAAUCUAAUCGAAUACAUCGAUUUACUACUCAACGCUGGAGCAAAUCUAAAUAUCCCAUUCAAUCACGUUGAUCCACCACUCAAUAUUUCUUGCAGUCGUGGUAAUCUUGAAAUGGUGGAAAUGUGGUUGGAACACGGGGCACCAAUAGAGCGCUACGAUUCGGGUGGUUUAACGCCCUUGAUGAGGGCUUCUUCACGCGGUCAUUUUGAAAUUUGUCAAGUCUUGAUUAAUCGUGGCGCACUUGUGAAGGCAGUCAGUUCCGAUGGUCAAAAUACGGCCCUCAGUUUGGCCCUCCAAGGUAAUCACCUCAAUUGUGUCAAUUUAUUAACCGCUUCCUCUGAAAAUGAAGUUGGACAGCGCAGAGGCUACGGUUCCACACCCCUUAUUGAAGCAACGAUUCUCAAUCGUCUCGAUUUGAUGUUCGAGCAUACCUUGAAUGUGGGAAUUUUAAACCAACCUGACGUGUUUGGCAAUACACCUUUGCACCACGCAGUAGAAAGUGGAUUCAUGCAAGGUGUGAUUCAACUUGUAAAUCAAGGAUGUCAGUUGGAACUCUUCAAUUCCAGUCACUUCACACCUUUAAUGUUGGCUCUGAAGAGGCAUCACAUCGCAAUAGCUGAAUUUUUAAUCCACCAAGGGGCCUCACCCUAUUCACUUAACCCGAAAUAUGAAAGUGCUCUUAAUAUGGCCAUCGAAAUGCGGCAAUAUGGCCUGGUUAAAGUUAUGCUAACGCGAGUAGACUUGCCUGUAGUCAAAGUAGCUUCACUUUAUGUGGCCUGUGCAACAGUUGCAAAGUGCGAUGGAGGUGAAUUUAUAGCUCCGCUAAUGGAAGCGGGCGCCAGUCUUCACUUCACUUUGCGGGACAUUGAUCCACCUCUAAAUAUUUCCGCCAGUCGGGGUAAUCCGAGAAUGGUGAAGGAAUGGCUGAGAUACGGGGCAGCGGUAGACAGUUACAAUUUAGAAGGACUUACUCCACUGAUGUCAGCAUCUCAAUUUGGAUAUUUAGAUGUCUGUAAAAUUUUGGUCGAACAUGGGGCUCGUAUCGAUGCAGUUAGCGCUGAUGGCAAAUCUACGCCCAUCAGUUUAGCUUUGGAAACGCGCCAAUUCCAAUGUGCUGCAUUUUUGACCUCCGUUGUGUUUUCCUGCCCAAAUUGA